CGCUGUCUGUCCGUCUUGUUACAUAUAUUCAAUUUAGCCCCUGAAUCCAUUAGAAAUUCCAAGUUGUUUGCAUUAUGUUCCGAACCACGAAAUCUGUCACCGUAAAGAGAAGGAAGUCGCUUUGAAAUGAAUAUUACAGUCUCGCCAAAUAUAUUUUGUAAAUUUAAGUCUGCACCAUUUUGUACUGCAAUCACGGUUGCCUCAUGGUGAGGCCAAUAAGAAUGAACCAUUGAAUGUGCAAUUGUUUUACCUACGUUGUUGCUUGAGUUCAUAUCGGCUCCUGCUUUCAGAAACAUAUUUAUUUAGUUUUCAGUGUAUUUCUCCUCUCAUUCCCUAUCAUAAGCCAGAAAUACAUCAAGAGAAACGAAUGAUUUUUUUUUACAUUUUCUUAGACUGACAUGGGUGGUCUUCCGUCUUACUUUCGUGUCUAUUGCUUUUCCGUAAUCGGUCGGGAAUUCUCCAGGAUCAUGUGAUUUUAACAUUAAUUCCAACGAAUACCGUUCUUUUGUAUUUCCAUGAUGGUAAAUAUACAUGAUUUGCAUGAAAAAUAUGAGAUAUACAAAAUUUUAGUUUCAAAUUGACAGUGACAUAUAUUAGGCCAAGACAAUGUGUUUAAUGUCUAAAAUUUUAUUGAAUUAAUGUAGCAAUACGUACAUUAAUCAGUGUAUUUAGUUAAAUUUCAGUCACAUUUUGUUUCUACAGCGUAAGAUAUUCUUAAAACUAUGCUGAAAAGAAAUUGACUGAAUAAGAUUGCAGAUGAAGUUGUGAAAACACAUUUAUUCAGGAAGGGCCUAAAUUGUCCACCUGAAAACUGGUAGUAUAGCUGUAUAUAACCUGUAUUAUAAGAAUGAUUUUCAUGAAGUUUUUGUGGGUGAAAUUAACUGCCAUGAGUUUAUGGCAAAACAUGUAAUGAACAUAAUCCGUAUGCUUUACCACUGAGCUAUAAUUUGUAAUUGACAUGCAAGCAAGAAAUAUUUACAUUUUGACCAGUUGCAAAACUGUUGAAUUCCCUAUGAUAUGUUUGUAAACAUCACGUUAUCGUUGGGGAAUAUAAUAUAUUUUGCAUCUACAUGUAAUUUAUAAAUUAUAGCCUCGUUUCGGAGCAUUCUUCCGAAAAAAUUCGAAGAUGCGCGACGGGUUCGUAAGCAGUCGGAAAACAUACUUUCGGUUUGAAAUAGGCAAAAGGUUUUUGUUUAUUUGUUGGUUAUUCUUGAACAUAUUCAUGACUAUUUGGUCAGAUCCGACGCAGUGGGUCAUAUUUUCAGUAAAUAUGAAGUCUCAGCUACAACCUCUGGUUUUCAUAGAAUACACGUUCGGGCGUUAGUGGUGGACCUUUAAACUAACCGCCUGUUAAUUUUGAUUCAAAAUACUAGUAUUGGUGGGAAACACUACUACGACGUUUUAAUUUGACUGCUCAUAAUAAUUAACUUGUACAUUUGUUUUUCUAAGUUUUAUAAAAUAUCGAAAUAUAACUAUAAAAGUUAAUCGUCCUUUAGUUUGACAGCCCGUUAAAGUUUAGAACAACUGGGCCCUUACUAACUUGCUCUCCGGUUUCAUUUUAAGAGUCGGGGGGAAAAGUGGCGUUUUCUUUAAAAACCAAAUAAUACACUUGUCCUAAACUAUCGGAAGAUUAAUUUCCAGUAUUCAACUGAUAAAGACUUUUAAAAUGUACAAGUAACCUUUAGAGAGCAUAGGUUAUCUUUGAUAAGAUUACUUUCAUGAAAAAAGUAAAUAGUACAGUUUCUAAGCACAAGAUUGAAGAUACGGCUAGGGAUUAUAGUUUGAAAAUUGUAUUUGGAUUAAUAGUGACUCUUACAAUAAAACUACGUAUAAAAUAGUGUAAGAAAAGUAAUAUUCUAUUAACCUUAAGUGCUAUCUAGAGGAAAGGAUCACUCAUAUUUUGAUCAAGGACUAAAAUACACAAAAUACACUUAUCUAACUUCCGCUUUAUUUAUACAAAAAAAAUAUGAUGGACAUGUGAUAUUUAAGAAACGGUAUUGAUAAUGGAUCACGGUGUGUACCCCAAAGCUUUAUAAGAAAUUAUUCUUGAUAAACUGCCAAUACAUGUUUCAUUAGGUCUUGCAGUUAAAUUAUCAAACGGAAGACUAGUGCAAAAAUACAUUGAUGGAGGAGCCGACGUAACAAUGCCAGAAAUAAGCGAAACAAGAUUUAAAAGCCUUCUUCAUCUCGCUUUACGUUUUAAGAGUGAUACCAUUUCUAAAGCAUUUCUAAGAGUUGGUGCUGAUAAUCUUUAUCAAUAUUCUUAUGCAUUUCGUUUAGUAUCAUCAAAGACAAAAAUCAGUGAAAUUGUUGAAGCAUUAGUUAAAGCUGGCGCUGAUGUUAAUGUACAAGAAGAGAAGGGAAAUACCGCACUUCAUCUCGCAGCUGAACGAGAGAACAGUGGAUGUGUUGAAGCAUUAACUGAAGCUGACGCUGAUGUUAAUUUACAAAAUAUUGAAGGUUGUACUGCACUACAUCUAGCAUCUGGAUCAAGUAUUACAACACUUACUGAAAUAUUGACUAAAGCAGGUGCAGAAAUAAAUAUACGGGCUUUUGACGGAAGUACGGCACUUCACAAAGCAUGCACAGCAAGAUCUGUUAGAAAUGUUGAACUUUUAAUAAAAGCUGGCGCCGACGUUAAUGUAAUGGCCUCAAAUGGAUGGUCUGCAUUACAUUUUAUUUUAGAUGAUUUUCCAAACUGCUAUCUUAGGGAUUAUGAUUGCAGAUAUCUGUACGAGUACGUAUAUGAAAUUGUUAAAUUACUAAUUGAUGCAGGAAUUGAUGUGAACCAUAAUAGUUAUGGAGGUACUGCUUUGCAUCGUGCCGUAACUUUGCGCGGCAAUGUUAAACUUGUUGAAGAACUGAUUCGUGUAGGGGCUGAUGUUAAUAUACAGAAUGAUUCCGGAGAAACUGCCCUACAUGUUGCUUAUAUAUCAAAUGACAGGAGAUAUGUUCAGAUAUUGAAAGAAGCUGGGGUUGACGUAAAUAAGCAAAACAGAGAUGGAGAUACCGCACUGCAUAUUGCAUCUAAAACGGCAGCAAAUGAAACUGUUCGGGAACUUAUUGUAGCUGGAGUAGAUAUAAAUAGACAGAACUAUAUUGGGGACACCUCACUGCAUCACAAUAUUAGUGGAUUUUGUAACUUUGAAGUUCUGGAAAUAUUAAUUACUAAUGGCGCGUGUGUAAAUAUCAAGAACAAACAUGGACUGGACCCAUUGCAGUGUGCGAAACAUAAUAAUUCACUGCUUGGCGUAUGUAAAUUACAUGAACAUUUCAAAUUAUAUAGAGAUGCUUACGGAAAUACAAUAUUUCACUUUUUAUUCAAAUAUUGUUAUCAUGCGGAAGAAGUAGCGACUCUAAUUCGGGCUCGUCAGCUUGAUUUUGCUAAGUAUCUAAACGUACAGAAUAUGUUUGGACAAACCCCUUUACACAUCGCUGCAUCUAAAAAACUUUAUAGUGGAGAAACACUCAAUCUGAUAUUUUCUAACUUCGAUAAAUGUGAACUAGACCUGCUCGUUGUAGAUGAAAAUGGCAAUACGUUUUUCCAUACAUAUUUGUCCUCGUUCUGGUCAAGCUACUAUAUAACAUUCAUUAAACGUUUUUUAGGGGGAGAAUACAUUAACUGUUCUAAAGCAGUUAUAAAUAAACUUGUGCAGCUCAGAAAUAGGACAGGACAUGCGCCAUUUCAUGUUUUUGUUAACGAGAUACCCGGUCAUCAUGAGGUCCUGGAUAUUAAAUUGGUAUUAGAAAUGUUUCUGAAGGCUGGGGCCAAUAUCAACUUGUGCAAUAGUUUAGGUGAAACAGUUUUACAUUCCUUGAUUAAUUCUUUUUGCAAACAGUAUGCAGCGACUGAGCUUGCAGUUGAAAAUGGCGCAGAAGUAAAUAUUCAGAAUAUCUUUGGUGAAUCUCCAAUAUUCGUAGUUCCUUCAUGUUAUGAUAAUAUCAAGUGGAAGAAGUCAGAUUGUACGACGAGAGUAAAGCUUCUGGUGAAAUACGGGGUUAAAAUGGAUGUAUGUAACAAGAUUGGACAGACGCCGUUAAUUGUGCAUAUGAUGAAGCCGUGCUUGAACUUUCGUAACAUAAUUUCAAUGUUUGAAAACAAUGUGGAUAUCAGUAAGCAAGACAUUUAUGGUAGUAACUUACUGCAUUAUAUAGCAUGGACGUAUUCGUUUGAGAUAUCUGUUAACUUUGAUCUUCUUGAUUUAUUAAACUGGCCUGGUUUCCGUGUUCUUCAAGAUAAUCGUGGAUUGCUCCCUUGUGACGUUGCCUAUUUAAGGGGACAUAAAAACGUGCUCGACAGGAUUUGUAUUUGUAAGAAUGGAGUUCAUAAAGAGGAGUUAGUUUUCAGCCCGGCAAAGAUACUAUUCUGGUCAUUGAAACAAAAGGAUGAUGUAUUCCAGAACUGCGUACAGACAAAACGCAAAUAUUUUUCAGAAGUGUCGAUAAGAAAUAUCAUGAAUGAACCCUUCGUAGGUCUUGUAAAAUAUGAAGGAGAAGCAAAAGCAAUUGAAACAGCAGUUGUGAGUAUUGUCAAAGAUAUAUGUAGAAGAAUUGGUGAGAAAGAUGAAUUACUAACCAAUACCGUCAUUAAGUCUGGCAGUGUUGCAGAAAAUACAAAAGUUGGUCUUCCAGAUGAAUUUGAUUUUUUAUGUGUGCUAAACAAAAUGCCAGAAUUAUUUGACAUAGAAGAGAGCAUCGACACUAGUUACGUGAAUCUAAAAUUAAAGGAGGUGCAUAGGGGAACUGCUCGCGGUCGUUUCUUUGGUCACUACCCGUAUUUCUCCAUUUCGCAAAGCAGAUUACUUGACAGGUUUCGUGAUGUGUUACAGGAAAUCAUGCAAAUGUCUGACAUAUAUAGACACACAAACAUAUUUCAUGUUAAACAUGGAGUACAAGAACCACGUGGUUCUCCAAACUUUGCAUUAACUUUCAUCUGGUGUUGCUGUAAAUACAAAAACAUGACAGUGAAAAUUGAUCUUGUUCCUGUAUGUCAAAUAACCUGUCCUCCUGAUUCAAAAUUUUAUUCUAACACAUUAAAUCCUAAUACAAAUGAAAAUGAAGGUCUCUUUAUACUGUUCCAAAAUAUAUUUGUAUCACCUGGAAGUUCUAGAAUCAUAACUUCCCACGAGCACAAAGCACGUACAUCGGCAGCAAAUGCAGAAAGAAAACUAUUGAAUGCACUUCAACAAGAUGGUAGGGACGCGUAUGUGAUAUCAAAAAUUUUAUGCUGUGAUCGCGUAUGUCCAUCAGUGGUUUUUAUGUACCGCGCUUGUCGGAAACGAAAUCCAACUUGUGCAUCCAUUGUUUCCAGCUUUAUGCUCAAAAACUGCUUAUUUCAUGUUGCUAAAGAGGAGUCGGCAGAAACAUUAUCAAAGUUGUCGGUACAUGGAUACGUUUGCAAAAUAUUUGAAAAACUUCUUCAGUGUUCACUUGAGGGAAAUUUGCCAUGCUACAUGUUUCCGUGUCAGAAUCUUUUCACGUUUCAGUCUCGAUAUAAUGAGCAUGAUAUUAGCAUUACAUGCAUGUGCAGGGUUGUGUAUGCAAAAAUAAUUCUGAACAUCCUUGGUAAAAAUGAAUAUUUUAAUGAUAUCAGCCCAAUGGUCGAUAAGUUGUAUAUUCAGGAUACCCCUGAGCUCAUAAAAGAUAAUGAUAUUUGUGCAAACUGUAAGAAGAAUCCUGAUCAACAUGGAAUAAUUCUAGAGACGUGUUUCAGAUGCAAGCUAUGGACAUACUGCAGUGCCAAGUGCCAAGAAGAAAAUCUGGACAGACACAAGCUUGCUUGUGAUUAUCAUUAUAAUAAUCUAUGUCAAUCAGUGUCUGACCAGUAACGACAUGGUAGGGAAAAGACGUUUUAAUCACACUUAUAAGCACUUUUCCGGAUGAGAUCUUUUAUCGUAAACCGAUGUCUUUUUUUGGUGAUCUACAUCAAUAAUUUAUUUAAUCUAUAUUGGCAAUAGACAUCGGCGCUUAUCGUAAAUAUAAGAUUUGUCAGAAACUGGAGGAUCAUAUUCUAUCUUCUAUAUAUUUACAAGAACGGACAUAUCUAGAGCUGACGACCUUAAUAGAAACCAAACUCGAAUAUAUAGAGACGUUAUAUGUCAUUUGGUGUAAUAUUUCAAGAUUGUUUGCUUUCGUGGACAACGAGUGUGUCAAAAAAGCAAUGUGUUACAUCCACAAUCUCUAUCUUCUGUUGUUAGGGUUUUUCCUUGAUAUAAAAAUGAACUGUUCGGAACUUUUCAUUAAUGCCUGUUAUACAAGUUCAAUAUUUAAAUUUCAACUAUUGAUUUGGUUUGUUGUAAUAAAAUAAUAAAAUCCGAAGUGCCAUUCUUUGUAUUUUUGCGCUGUAUUUUCCCUUUUUGUUGGAUCAAAAAAAAAAGGCAAAAGGAAAGAAACUAAGAUCUUACUUUCAAAGACAUAAGCAUGCUCAAUAUUUUUUCAAAAAGUGUUGUUAGUGUAUUUUGGAGAGA